AUAUAUGUAUGUAUAAAUUAGAUUUUUAUUAUUAGUUCCGUUUGCCAAAAAUUCAAUUUUUUCAAAUAUUCAUGUGUUCUCUCAUGUAUCGUUAUACGAUCCAUGCGGCCCUGAUCCCAUGCACGUGUAGUUCACAUAUGUUCCCGUUGCAGCGAGGGUCGGGUGGGGAUUGGCGGUAACACAUGAGAGGGGACUCCCAUAAACUGGAGGAACUGAAGGAAAUUGGAGUAACAUUCAUUCAUAAAGACGUUCUUGCCGUGACUGGAUAAGAGUUUAAAAAACGUUCUAAUAUCAUCUUGAAAUAAGUAUUGAGAACAAUGACUACACGUAAAAAGGAGGAAUCAAAUAAACAGAGAUAUCAAGCUAACGCACGUGAAAGAGAUAGAACUCACAGGUUCACGAUUCAAGAAAAGCAAUCUUCACUGUGCAGCGUGAACACAGCUUUCAGCGCAUUGAGAACAUUGAUUCCAACGGAGCCAGCAGAUAGAAAAUUAUCCAAAAUAGAGACUCUCAGAUUAGCAAGUAGUUACAUCAGUCACUUGGGUGCAGUUCUUGUUGUUGGUGCCAUGGAUCAACCUUGUUUACAACUAGAAGAAAGUGGUAGAGUAUACUCAACAGGUGAUUGGAGUGAUAUGCAAGCUAGACCACAAGUUUGCACUUUCUGCCUUGCUAUGCAUAAAAAAUAUAAUACAAAUGGCAAUUCAGAAAUUCUUUCUGAUUAUCAAAGUCAUAAUAUGACACCAUAUAUCUUUGUUCCAGGGAAUUCUGCAAAGUGUAUUGAUUAAAAUUAUAUAUAGAUAUAUAUAUAUAUAUACAUAUAUAUUAAAGAAUA